AUGCCUACCGUCUCAAUCGACCGUGAGGAUCUUUACCAAGCUCUUGGUCGGCCCUAUACCGAAAAGGAGCUUGACGAGCUGUGCUUUGAGUACGGCCUUGAGCUCGACGAGUGGGACGAGGAUUCUGCCCGCCCUACCGUCAAGAUCGAGGUGCCGGCCAACCGCUACGACAUGCUGUCGAUGGAGGGUAUCUCCCGCGCGCUGGCCAUCUACCUUGAGAAGCAGCAGGCGCCUAAAUUCAAGGUCGUUGUGCCCGAAAAUCCUGUUACGUUGACGAUCGAACCUGAGGUCGCUUCCAUCCGUCCCUAUGCCAGUGGUGCCAUUUUGCGGGGGGUUACCUUCACCCAGCGCCGGUACGAGUCUUUCAUUGCUCUGCAGGAUAAAUUGCAUGCCAACCUGUGCCGCAACCGUUCCCUGGUUGCUAUUGGUACCCACGACAUGGCCAAGAUGAGCGGUAAUGUCCGUUACCAGGGCCGGAGACCCCAGGACAUCAAAUUCGCUCCGCUGAAUCAAACCAAGGAGAUGACUGGUCCGGAGAUUAUUGAAUUUUACAAAGCCGACCGCAAUCUCAGCAAGUACGUUCCUCUAAUUGAGGAUUCGGAGUACUAUCCCCUUUUUGUCGAUGAGAAUGACACCGUGCUAUCUUUGCCUCCUCUGAUCAAUUCUAAUGCCACAAAGAUCACCUUGGACACAAAGGAUAUCUUUUUUGACCUCACUGCUACUGACGAAACCAAGCUUGCUAUCGUUGUCGACGAACUUGUGUCGAUCUUCUCUGAAUACGCAGCUGAGCCUUUCACCAUUGAGGCCGUCAAGAUUAUCUACGCCGACGGCUCUUCGAAGCUAUCGCCAGACAUGAACCCACGCAAGAUGGUUGCCGAAGUGUCGUAUUUGAACUCUGUUCUUGCUCUGGACAAGACUCCUAAGGAGCUUUGUCAAUUGCUCGAGCGAAUGGGCCUGGGCGCUGAAUCCGAUAAAACAAACUCAGACCUUCUGCAGCUGGAGAUCCCGGUGAGCCGCCCGGACAUUCUGCAUCAAUGCGACAUUGUUGAGGAAGUUGGUAUUGCCUACGGUUUCAACAACCUCACUCGCAGUUUCCCUGGCACUGCUAAUUCUUUCGGCAAGCCGCUGGUUAUCAACAAGGUCUCGGAUAUUCUUCGCCGCGAGUCCUUCGGCGCUGGAUGGGCUGAGGUUAUGCCUCUGACACUGUCUUCUAUUGAGGAGAACUUUGACUGGAUGCGCAAACCCGACGACGGAACCGCGGUCCACCUUGCCAACCCCAAGACCUUGGAGUACCAGGUUGUCCGCACUACUUUGUACCCUGGUUUGCUCAAAACUAUCAAGGAGAAUCGCAUGCAGCCUCUGCCAAUCAAAGUCUUCGAGUCGGGCGAAGUUGCCUUCAAAGACACUACGCGCGAGCGCCAGGCGCGCAACGAACGUCACUUUGCUGCAGUGUAUGCUGGCAAGACCUCAGGUUUCGAGAUCGCUCAUGGCUUGCUUGACCGACUGAUGCAGCAACUGCGUUAUGAGCCCAACGGCGCUGACCGUGGCUACUGGCUGGAAGAGACUAAUGAUCCCUCUUACUUCCCUGGCCGUGCAGCCAACAUUGUGAUCAAGCGUGAUGGCAAGACCCAGGUUGUUGGUACUCUGGGUGUUUUCCACCCUGAAGUGUUGCAGAAAUUCGAGAUUCCCUUCGUGUGCAGCGGCCUCGAGUUGGAUGUGCGCAAAGUGAUGUAA